CCUAAAUCGACCUCACCACCAACCUAAGCAAAGCCACACUGGUUAUCCCCUUCGCCCAAUUCCAAUUCCACAGCUCCAUAUAUAUGCACCACCAAGUACCACUCCUCUCGCCUCUUCACCUCAAAUCCACUCCUCACAAAUCUCUCGCAUCAAAGCUCUAAAUCCCCGCAAUUCCAGCCCAAGAACGCGGCGAGACUGUGGAAAGAAGAGGAGGACGGACGCGAUUUGGACGGAUCCAUGUCGGUGACGGGGACAUCCGUGGCGGCGGCGGCGACCAUGCUCGCGGCGGCGGCUGCCAUCUUCAUCACCUUCGUCAUCUUCUUCUACCUCUUCCUCUGCGCCAAGCGCUACAGCGGCGCCGCGCCCACCAUCGGCGGCGUCGGCGGGGGUGGACCCGACGGCAGGGGCCGCGGCCCGCGGUUCGUGUUCGGGGGCCCCUGCAACGGGAGCGGUCUGGACGAGACGGCCAUCGUGGCGCUGCCCCGGAGGGAGGUCUCCCCGGGGGACCCCGCGGCGGACUGCGCCGUCUGCAUCACGGAGCUGGCCGCCGGGGAGGACGCGCGCCUGCUGCCGCGGUGCGGGCACGCGUUCCACGUCGACUGCGUCGACAUGUGGCUCCGCUCCCACUCCACCUGCCCGCUCUGCCGCUGCCCCGUCGCCGACGAGGCGCCCGCCGUGCAGGCCCUCGAGGCCGACCCGGAGUCGCCCAACUUCCCCACCAACGUGCUCUUCUUCGGAUCCCAGGACGCCGCCGCCGUCGCGCCGCCGCGGCGGCCGGUGGCUCCACUGCCGCCGCAGCAGCAGCCUGCGCAGGGGCCCAUCGCCGGCGUCGCGGCCGUGGUCGAGGCGGCGAGAAUCGCGGCCCUACGGCGGUUACGCGGCUGCGGCGGCGGCGGCGCGACGGCCCCGUCACCACCGGCGCAAGCGGAGCGUGACGUGGAGAUGGGCCUCCCACGCGGCGAGAGCAGCGCGCGGCGGCCGGCCAAGCCGCACCCAGGUUCUUGAUUGCUCCUCCGUCCGUCCACAUCUCCUUGAGCCGGCCAUUAGAGGCAUCAUCAAAGGAAGCAAGUGUACAUAGCCUCCUACUACUCCGUAUGUGUAUGAUACGACCAGCAUCUAUAUAAUCUCUAUAUGAUGAACUAAGAUCUAUUGAUAGAUAUACAUUUUGGCAAUUGGGUGUUCGCAAAUCCUUGAGAUCUACUGCUGUUCUGUACUACAGCAGUUAGUUUUGCAGUUUUUACCAUGGAUGCAGUGAACUUUCUGAGACCAGUGGCUGUCCAUGUCGAGCGUACUGUGCAGGCACAUGCGCUCAUCUGGGGCACGUAGCAGGCUGAUCUUGACUAAAGCGACACACUAGGAGUAGUAGCUGACAACAAAUAUCCGAGUACACCGUACUUGGUCUUUUCUCUGUUUCAGCAACUCUCAACUUCCCAAGUAAUAGUACAGUACUACUGUCAUUGUUGCAGGAA